AUGUUUAGACUAGUCUUGCGGUCGCGACCAAGAAUCAUCAAACCCUCAGUCUUCACUGCAUCCUUUGCAACAUCACCGUUCGAUCUUCCGGGUGCCGAUAAGGUCGUCUACAGUCCAAUCCACGCCUCCGUCUACACCUCGAUCGACCGGCCCGUCCCACCCAUGCCCCACUCGCCGGUGACCGUGAAGAUCCAGGGGCCCAACGAGGAAGCCGGGCCCGACCAUGAGACCCAUCUUCAAGACCAGCUACAAUCUAUACAAAGGAACACAAAGUACCUCCGUCUUGAUGAAGACACUCCCUCCGACAAGGAGUGGGCACUCCUAAGUGCUCAUUUCUCCCACGUGGAGAAUCUCGAGCUUGACAGUGGGUUCAACGAAGACCUUAACGAUAAACAUAUUCCGCAACACUGGCCUCUUCGGCGUCUCGAGCUACGGUCAGCAUGUGGCCAGCUCGUGCAGAGUCCCUUCAUCCUCCAGGGGCGAGUCGCUCAUCUGAGUCUGCUUCUCACUGGUGGGCUUCGCUUCGCCGGCUCAACGAAUUCGGAGCUGUUGCGCGAACACAAGGAACAAGUGAAGCGUGGAGAAAUAGAAGCGGAAUAUAUUACGCACAAUCAGGGGAUGCCGGAGGAGAAACGGCUCGAGGUGAUCUAUAUGCCGGGUCUGGUCUGCAGGCAUAUGAACAAGCUCCACUCGGAUCUUGACGGAAAGUCAGACCCCGAGAACGUACCCACUCCUGAUCAGAUCAACCUGCACACACUGGAGAUCUUCGAGAACGAUGCGGUUGAUACUUUUUGUCGUCUGACGAUGGAUCAGCCCCAUUUGCUGAAUAACCUCCAAACACUCCGUAUCCGCUCUACGAGCGGAUUGGAUUUUAUUUAUCUCGACGAGGGACUAUUCCGGUUCAUACUGCCGCAGUUGGCGAAUUUGAAGACGCUGAACUUGACGGUUGGUGAUGUGUUCAAUGAUCCAUCAUAUCUUCCGACCCUACACGAGAUCCUCCCACCCAAUCUGACAACCCUAUUCUUCCGUGGUCCGGCUUCUUUGUGUCAAUCCGAGCACUGGUCCGCCUGGCUACGCGCAUUUGAAUCGAAGGAUUUUCUGCCGCAAUUGCAGCGUCUCGCUUUUGUCCUUGACUUGCAUCAUGAAGAAAAGGAAGGUCGGUAUCGGAAGCGCGUGGUUCCUGCGCCUGCAAAUGUCCUCUACCAGGCUCGCAUCGCCUGCGAGCAUAUCUAUGGCACUGUUAGGAGGCGCGGCGUCAAAAUUGUGGAGAUGCCUCCCGAGCCUGAAGCUGAGAACGAUCUGUUUGAACCUGUGGACGAUCGCUGGUGA